AAGUCGCCCUCCUCCGGGGCAUAAACAAACCUCCCCUGGCUCCCAGCUCCGGCUCGGGAGCGCACGCUUCUCUUCGCCGCUCUCGUCGCUCCCUCUGGGCACCGCCAGCCUAGCUCCGGCUCUUUUUGCUUUUCUCUCUCAACUUCAGUAUCGGACAGCUCGUUGCAUGCUGCUGAGGUUCAACCUCCAUGCAGAGCACCAGGGACCUGGAGGAAUUCCCAUAGUCUGAUCUUCUUUUCCGCAAUUGUGACGUCCCUGUUUUACUGACUUUCGAAAGCCCUGUUUUUGACUUCCCUUCCCCUCACCUGGGGAACUUUCUUGAAGGUCCAGUGAGUCCAGCCUCAUUGUCUACUAGGUUUAUUACUUAAGAAAAACAUUGAGAGUUAAGGCCACCAAGUUCCUCACCCUCCCCGGAGCCUUGGGUUUCGAAAGGUCCAGAAAACAUCAAGAGAACCCACGAACUGCCUGGUAGCUUGGCGUCAAAACCUCUUUGGCAAAGAAAGGACCAAAGAACGCGUUCGCAGCAAGGCAACGCGUACCCCAAGGCUACUUUCCUUGAGGUUAAUGCAGCCGGGGGUCUGUUCUCUGGAAACUUCCGGGGAUCCCUGUAUUCGGGGAAGAUGUUGUGGCGACAGCAGCACCCAUUGAUCCCCCCACCCCCCUUUUAAAUUCUGUUCUAUAAGGAGCCCAGUGUGCUGGAAAAAACACCGCUUUCACGUGGCUUGGAAAGCAGACGUGUUCUGGAGCAGACAAAAUCUGGACCACAGGCUGACCAUCACAAUCGAUGCAAACUUAUCAACAAUCGCUCCUGGGCCCUCUCUCUCUGCUUCACUGAAGGACUCCGGGAGGCUGUGGUCUGUCCGCCCCUGCCCUGCACACCAGCACCCACGUCGAAGGAUGGAGUCUAGGCCUUAAGGGAGUCACGUGGGCCUAGGCGUUUGAGCCUCAGGUGACCCAUCUGUAAGCUGGGAUGAUCAGAUCCACAUUCUCCCAGGGACCUCCUUGAGGAACAGAUAGAACAAUGCAGUGAACCCUUUUCCAAAGUAUUGGAUUUGCCACGUCAGGAAGGCACUCUGCGGAAAAGCUAAACACAGAAGUCCUUCUGGGUAUUGUGAAGGGAGAACAGAAAAGUCUUAAGACGUGGACUGGGCCUCUCGUGGUGGUUCAGGGGGGCUGAGAACCUACAGGAAGAUCCCGGGUGGUAUUGCAGGGAAGGGGGCCUCUCGUGGUGGCCCUGGGGGGCUGCCCAUGGUAGAGGGAGAAACACAUGACUCCCCCAGAUGAUCCACACAGGAGAAGCCUCCUGGGCACACAUAUAGCCCAUCCUCAGCACAUCCUCACCCUGGGGCUGGGUGCACGGCAGGUGACAGCAGGGACAUGUCUCGGGAGCUGCAGGACGUGGACCUCGCUGAGGUGAAGCCUUUGGUGGAGAAAGGGGAGACCAUCACUGGCCUCCUGCAAGAGUUUGAUGUUCAGGAGCAGGACAUCGAGACUUUGCAUGGCUCCAUUCACGUCACACUGUGUGGGACCCCCAAGGGGAACCGACCCGUCAUCCUCACCUACCACGACAUCGGCAUGAACCACAAAACCUGCUAUAACCCCCUCUUCAACUCCGAGGACAUGCAGGAGAUCACCCAGCACUUUGCUGUCUGCCACGUGGACGCCCCCGGCCAGCAGGACAGUGCUGCAUCCUUCCCCACGGGGUACAUGUACCCCUCCAUGGACCAGCUGGCGGAAAUGCUGCCCGGAGUCCUUCACCAGUUUGGACUGAAAAGCAUCAUUGGCAUGGGAACCGGAGCAGGCGCCUACAUCCUCACUCGAUUUGCUCUGAACAACCCCGAGAUGGUGGAGGGCCUCGUCCUCAUCAACGUGAACCCUUGUGCGGAAGGCUGGAUGGACUGGGCCGCCUCCAAGAUCUCCGGAUGGACCCAAGCCCUUCCGGACAUGGUGAUGUCUCACCUCUUCGGGAAGGAGGAAAUGCAGAAUAACGUGGAGGUGGUCCACACCUGCCGCCAGCACAUCAUGAACGACAUGAACCCCGGCAACCUGCACCUGUUCAUCAACGUCUACAACAGCCGGCGGGACCUGGAGAUUGAGCGGCCGAUGCCCGGAACCCACACGGUCACCCUGCAGUGUCCUGCUUUGUUGGUGGUUGGGGACAGUUCUCCUGCUGUGGACGCUGUGGUGGAGUGCAACUCGAAACUGGACCCGACGAAGACCACUCUUCUCAAGAUGGCGGAUUGUGGCGGCCUCCCACAGAUCUCCCAGCCGGCCAAGCUUGCCGAGGCCUUCAAGUACUUCGUGCAGGGCAUGGGAUACAUGCCCUCCGCCAGCAUGACGCGCCUGAUGAGGUCCCGUACAGCCUCGGGCUCCAGCGUCACGUCCCUGGAGGGCGUCCGCAGCCGCUCCCACACCAGCGAGGGCGCCCGGCUGGACAUCGUCCCCAACUCCGGCGGCUCCGGGAGCAGCGCAGGGCCCAACUCCACGGAGGUGUCCUGCUAGGUGGCCCGGGGGACGGCCGCACCUGGACUCUGGGAUCAAUCGCUGUAGCCGCCCCUCCUCCGGCCCCUCCCCGCCCCUGCCUGCCAACCACAUGUAGCUCGGUAUUAAUCCAAAGCUUAUUUUGUACGAGUGAGCUCUGGUGACGACAAAGUGAGACUGGGUUUGUGGAGGGCUCCCUUUCCGGCGAGGGCGGGGCGGGGUGGACCAAAGGGAAAGGAGCAUCUCAGUGUCCUGUUUCCACUAGCGAGCGGCCUAGAGGCCACUCUCUUACCCUCCCUCAGAGACGCCAAACUGCCAAAAACAAGAAACACAGAGCAAACACUUGAUCAGACCACGGCUAGGCUGACCUGAGCAUCCUGGCGCGAAGGGACGUUUUGUUGGAAGCCCAGCCCACCUACUUCCUGUUUCCUUUCCAACUAAAGAAAAAAAACAGACCCAGUUUCUGGAAACCAAGCCCUUUCUGAUUUGGAGAGGGGGAGAGCGGGGAAUGGUGGCGAGCUCUUUUAACAAAGCCAAACAGGAAGCGGGGAAAGCGGUGCAAUUUAUGUGGAGGCUCCGAAGUGUUUGGAAGAGCAGAUCUCUGUAGUGAACUUGAAGAAGUAAGAUUUUUAACGCCUGUGCAUAUAUACACUUUUUAGUGCCGAUGCCAGAAGGCUGUUUUUCUGGCAUUUUUUUAAUGGACAAAAGAAGCAGGUGACAAAAUCUCCCAGGUUUUCAAAGAAACGGCCUUGGCACACGUUUGGUAUCGGGGGUUUGAGGCUUUGAUUCUGCUGCCUGACUCUUCCUCCACGUCCCCUACUUCCUACCCCCAAUACGUGGACGAGUGAUUAUUUCAUUCCCGGGGAAGAUCAUGUAGAUGUGUAGUUGCUUCUUUGAAAUGGAGGGCUGUGCCUGGCUGUGAUGCGUCUCCACGCAGUGGCCGGGGGAGGGGGGCAGGGGCAUGGAGGUGGGGUGGUAUUUUUUGUUAUUAGAUGUAAAGGAUUCCUCGUGGUUGUGGUGGGAUCCGGUGCAGUUGUGAUUUCAGUUGAUCCCAUCUGGUUCCCAGGAAUCGUGUGAUUGCGUUAAACCUAGCUUCCAAUCUUUGACAACCCGGGUUGAAUCUGAACUUCCGGCCAAACAUUUCUGACCUGGUGACCUUCCGGGAUCUUCAGAUAGAACUGUUCGCUCUUGUAGGGGGUGGGGAUUCCCUCGGGGAGUGGUGGCCCGGAAGAUGCAGGGAUUCUGGAAUGUGUAUUCCAUGGGAUUUCCUUCCCUCUCCUGCCUUCCCCUCGUCCCUGCCCCUCUAACCUCUCGCUGAACGGGGUGGCACCACUGACAUUUCUGGGCAACGUCAGCGUAGCUGUCAGGUUCCUGUACUACUUACUGCCUUUUGAUUUUUACUUUGGCUAACCGUGGACCUUCUCAUAGGAAGUUUGAUCAGAGUGAAAGGAACAUUGUGGCUCAGCCGCCGGGGCCUGGUGGUUACUGGGAGGGAAUAGGCAAGCCUUCUAGGUAGCUUGGGGGGAUAAUGACUCAGUUUAUCUGUGACCUACCCCCUGGGAGGCAGAAAUGGCUGAAUCAGAACAAGAAACUGUUGUGUACAAGUCUUUCCAGAGGAGUUUCUUAAUGAGAUAUUUGUAUUUAUUUCCAGACCAAUAAAUUUGUAACUUUGCA